AUUAUGAUAUCAUUCAAGGUAUUAUAGAUAUAUGCACUUCCUUAGGAUAUUGCAUCCUCUCUUUCGCCGUAGAACCAUGGCAAUCCUGACUCAGGAUUUUAUGAGCCGCAAACAACACAUCUGGAUCGUAUGGCUCUUUUUCUACAGGGAAGAGUCGCUUGGCAAUAGAGAGGGUCGUCCCUCGUGUAGAUCAUGGUUCAUCAUCGGACAUUCCAUUAACCUUUUCUUGUGUUUUCAGCCAUACGGUCACAGGGUGUAUGAGGCUCACAUGUGAUACGGAACGUUCAUGCGUUAGUGAUUCG